AUGGGACCUAUAGCCAUAACUGGUGCUGCACCGCAGGGUGCCAAUUGGACUACGGCAAAUGUUGGGGCGAUGGAUCUGGGGGAGAUGGUCUACAUUGUACAGCUGGCAGGCGUGGCGGUGGCUGGUCUUCCGCUGCUGUUGUGGUGUUCAAAAGGCUUUGCUCUCUGGAGCUUGUCCGCGGCCAUCCGGAUGGCCGUUGGCUUGGCCAUCUCAAAUAUAGGCAUACGGUGUCACAGCCAAAAGUUCUUUCUCUCAAGCGGAAAAGAUCCGGAUUUCGCCUCCCUGCCUUUCUCCCUCCGCGAGCAAACACGGCAAUUAUUCAACAUCUACAUUAUCAACGCUCUCACAGCCGGACUACUGGCCUAUGCGGGAUAUAUCACCGCGCUCAUCGCUGCCUGGACCCGUUCGAAGAAAUGGGUCACCCGAGACGUGUAUGUUAACGUGCUUGCCACCAUUGUAAGCUCCACACAGGUUUAG